CACGAUUCAAGUGAGCUAUUGCGAAAUAAAUUAAAAAACCAACUUUUCAAUCUUCUGGGAAUAUUGAAUACUGAGGAAAACCCUAAAUUGAUUGCUGCCGAAACCCAGAAGGAUGGAGAACAUGAACAAAGAACUCGCGAAUAUGGAGAAACUAUCUUUGAAGGAGCUGCUCAGUGAGGACACACUCUCUGAAUUGGCUACCCCGAAUGAUGUCGACAUUGCCGGCGAGGAAAAGAACCUCGAGGGUCAAUCUGUUUCGAAGGAAGAUCCACCGCCUGCGGCAGUUGUACCCAAAGCGACCAAAGCGCCCAAUAAUCCCGAAGCGCUAACCCAAAAGCAGAGUAUGGACUAUGCGGCACGGAUCGUGAAGGUCAUCAACCUACAGAUGCAAAAUGUGGUGCAUAAAACGUUCAUGAUGAUGCAAUCACCACUCCCUCUCCGGAACAGGCUACCAGUGGUCGUGUCCACCAUGAUCCGCUCCCGUAGGGCACCCAAGUUGAAGCUCAAAGAUGUGAGGAGAGUGAUCACGGGCCUGGCGCUGCAUCGUGCACACCUGGUCUACGAAUAUAUUAUCAACCACCCCGAAUAAGAAAACUUCUACAUAUGUUAACUUAAUACAAUAAUUAAAAAAUCC